AUGCAGUUUAAUAUAUCAAAUAUAAAUGUUGAUAAAGAACAUUUUUUAUCAGCUAUAUCAAUUUAUAUAUAUAAACCACAUGUUGUUAAUAAACGUGUAACAACUGUUCGUUUUGCUUUGGCAUUAAAUCGUAAUGAUCGAAAAUAUUCAACAGGACGAAAUAUAAUUGAUAAACAUGAAACAUCUAUUGAAUUUCGACCAAUAAUUUCGAAUUCAAUUCAUACAAAAACAUGUAGUGUACAAAUACCUAUUUAUCGUUUUGAAUUAUUAAUAGAUGAGAAAAUUCUUCGAUUAACUGUAUAUGAUGCUAAAAUAGAAAAAGAAAUUUUCUGGUUAAAAGAUAUUGUCCUAUCAAAAAUUAUAAAAUGGUGUCAAAGUACUAUUGAUAAUAGUAUGGAAAAUACAACAUUAAAAUUAAUAUCUAUUGAAGAUUAUCAACAGGAAUAUGAACGAUUAAAAGUAAAAUAUGGAAAAUAUUUAACUGAAAAUUGGUGUGAAAAUACUGACCCUCAAAAACAUGUUUUUGAAGAUUUAGGUAUUGCAAGUUAUUUAUUAACAUAUUGGCGUCAAUAUUCUUCUUCAUUUGAUAAACCCAUUAAAUUUGUGGAUUUGGGAUGUGGCAAUGGCCUUCUAACUUUUCUACUUUCAUCUGAAGGUUAUACAGGACUUGGUAUUGAUAUGCGUCGUCGUCGUUCAUGGUCAUUAUUUGGUUCAUCAUUAUAUCUUGAAUCAUUAAUUGAUCCUCAUUCAUUAAUUUUACAUGAUUUAAUUAUAUCCGGUCAAUAUACAUUUCUUAUUGGUAAUCAUUCCGAUGAAUUAACACCAUGGUUACCAGUUUUAGCUCGUCAAUGUUUUUGUAAUGUUUUUCUAUUACCUUGUUGUUUCUUUGAUUUUAGUGGAAAAAAAUUUAUUACAAAUAAUCAUGAUAAUAAUACUACACAAUAUGAACAGUAUUUAUCGUAUAUAGAAAAAAUUGCGGAAAUUCUUGAUUUUAAUAUAAAAAAAGAUAAAUUACGUAUACCAUCAACGAAAAAUAUUUGUUUUAUGUUGCAUCAAACGAAUGAAAACAAUUCAAUUGAUUCUAUUCGUACACAUUUACUUGAUCAUUUUGGUAUUGAUAUUAAACUUGAACAUGCUGAUCCUCAAAUUUCAAAUCAUCAAUCAUCAUGUCCAAAAUCUAAACCAGAAUUUUAUUCGACAAAAUUUUCUAUAAUUAAAUUUCUUUUCGAGCAUAUUAUUACUCAUAAUCAAUCAUUAACUAUAUCUGAAGCAUAUAAUAUAUUACCAAAUGAACUUUGUGAACAAUUAAAAUGUGAAAAUGGUGGUUUAAAAUCAAUUAUUCUCUCAUAUCGUCAUGCACUUUAUUUUGAUCCCCAAACGAAAUUAAUAACAUUAGCUAAUCCACAACUAAAUUCAAUAACAUUAAAACAAAAAAAUUCAUCGAAAGCAAUAUUUAAAACAAAACCUUGUUUUUUUUUUACAUUCCAUCCUAAUGGUUGUCCAUUAAUAGAUGAACAAUGCGCUUUUUCUCAUUGUAAAAUAUAA